AUGGCGACUAAAGAGAAACCACGACGUAAGUUGGCACUUGUAAUUGGCAUUGGUAAAUAUGACUAUUGUGAAGAAUUACAAAAUCCCGAAAAUGAUGCGAAUGAUAUGUCGUCUGCUCUGGAAAGUAUUGAUUUCAAUGUUACAAAGAAACUACAUCUACGACGUGCUGAGAUGCAACACGUUCUUAUUGAUUUCGAAGAAUCAAUAGAGCGCGACGAUAUGGUUCUAUUUUAUUUUGCUGGGCAUGGGAUUCAAUGGGAAAAUCAAAAUUAUUUGAUACCAAAAGACACUCCAACUUUGAAUGGUGCAGUUUUAAACAGGAGUGCAAUCAAUGCACAAGAUAUUCUUGACACUUUAAGUGAUCGCAAUCCAUAUGUAACAAUAUUCCUAUUGGAUUGUUGA